AUGGAAGAAAUUGGAGAGAGACAUCCCAAUGGUCAGCCUUGGUGCAUAAUGAGUGAUAGGCAGAAGGGUUUAAUUGAGGUUGUUAGUCAUGUACCUGAUAAUCACCAUCGUUAUUGUUGUUUUCACAUUGAAAAUAACAUGGUGAAAGAGUAUGGAACUUCUGAUCUAAAGAACAUGUUUUGGGCAGCUGCUGGAAUAGGAAAUUUCCAAACUUUUCAGCGUAUUAUGGACCAAAUUAAGGAGUUCAACAAGGAUGCAUACAAGUGGGUGACUGACAUUGAUGCUAAACAUUGGCCAAUGAGUUGUUUUGACACAACUUCAAAGGUCGAAAAUAUGACAAACAACCAUGUUGAAUCUUUCAAUGAUUGGAUCGAUGAGAUACGUUUCAAACCACCAAUUGAGAUGCUAGAAGGUCUUCGAAUCCAAAACGCAGACAUGAUGUGCUCAAGAAGGGUUACAUCUGAAAGAUGGAAUGAAAAGCUAACACCAAAGGUACAUCUAAAGGUUAAACAAUUAUUGAGGAGAGCAAGAUAUGCUCAAGUUAGACGAGUAGGCCCUAAUGAAUUUCAAGUUGACUACAUGAGCAAAAGGUGUGCAAUGAGGCUAGAUGCAGGAUGGUGUAUAUGUGGCCAAUGGCAGAUUAGAGGCAUCCCACGUGUUCAUGCAACUGCAUGUAUCAACCAUAUCAAGGCCAAUAUCAAUGACUAUUGUUCAGAAUAUUUCACAACUGAAAUGUGGAGAAAGACUUAUGAACCUGUGAUACAUCCAAUCCCUGAUGAAUCUAUGUGGAUUAGACAUGAUGUUGAGCCUUUGUUACCCCCACCCAUUAUAAACCAGCCAGGUUCUGAACAAGGUAACACAAAGAGAGGCAGGGGAAGACCACAUGGCAGAGGUCGUGGAAGAACUCAUGGUACCACAGUUCAGGAAAAUUAUCAACCAUCAGAAAGGAUUGAAGAACAGAUACCACAUAAUGCAGAGGAGCUUAACACAUUUGAAAUGCCUCAAGAUCUCUUCCAGACUCAGCCUACACAGAGAAGUUGUUGA